UUCUUUCAGAUUUGAGGAAGAUGCACCUCACGUAGAGAUUCAUAGGCAUUUGGGUGCUGGAGGACAAGUUCGAUACGUUUUCCAAUUUCAAUCAAAAUUAAGCACCCAAUUUAGAAAUCGCCUUCCUUCAACUCAAUUGAAGUGCUCGGCACUUUGUGGCACCGUUGAACUAAUUUUUAUUUUCGAACUUCUUUUGACCCGUCUUGAUCAAAGCAUUUUCGAACUAACGAUUCAGCGCUACAGCAGACGAUUUUACUUUUCUUUUCAAGAGAAAAAGAUUUUAAGUUUUUCGAGAAAAAUAUCGUUUGGUACUUCUUUUUAAUUAGUAGUUUCGUAAAUCUUUUGCUGUGUAGUUCUUCUCCGAAAUGAAUUGCUUGUGCCGAUUCUAAAGAAAAGUUUUGUCUUUGAAAAACCCUUAUUUUUGUAACUCUAAAGCAAAGUAAUUUAUUGUUUUGUUCAGUAAAGAAAAUCUUAUAUUGUUCAAGAAAUCAUUCGAUUCUUUUUGGUUACUAUAAAAUUUUAAGAUGAUUUGAUUUUGGAAAAUAAAAUACACAACCAAACAAUCGUCUAAUUAAUUGAGUGUCAGUUCCGAAGUAACGACUGAAGCUGUCGAACGAAACGAGAAUAUUUAUCUUGGCUAACCAUCUCAUGAAGAUCAUGCAUUAUCGUAAUCGACGAGAUAGAUUGCUAGCUGAUGAAAUGAGCAAGAUUAUUACGUGGAUUCGAGAUCUCUUAAAGGUUGAAGAUAUCACUGCUCAAAACUUUAUGGAUAAGCUUGACAAUGGUGUUAUUAUUUGCAAACUAGCAAGACUUAUUCAGCAGAAAGCGGAAGAAUGCAAACGACAGGGACUUGUUACAGGGCCUGUCCCAUCGGUUCGGUUUAAAUGUUGGGAAAAUGCAAAAUCGGAAUCUUUCUACGCUCGUGAUAAUGCUGAUAACUUCAUAAGAUGGUGCCGAAAAUUUGGAGUACAUGAAGCGGUCAUUUUUGAAUCAGAUGGUCUAGUCUUACACACUCAGCCAAGAACAGUGGUGUUAUGCUUAUUAGAGCUGGGUCGUAUCGCUUCCAAAUACGCCAUCGAGCCACCAGGUUUGAUCCAACUUGAAAAGGAGAUCGAUGAACAGGAAGAUGAUCGCUCCUCCGAUGGUCUUAGCUCUCUGUCGACUGGAUCUUCUCCUACUCUAGUACGCAGUCGGACGGAAUCUGCUCUCUCGAUGACUUCAUCGAAUUUAUCCAGCAGUCUAAUGAGUCCGACCACUCCUGACAGUGGUAUAGCCCACUACAAUAACAUGAGGCCUAGGAAUAGGUUGUCGUACACGCCACCGACUUCCAAAGAACAGAAAAAACGAACGAAGCCCUCAGAAUUAGAUAAAAAGGUAAUGAAGAUUGCCAGCAAUGUCUGCAAAGAUAGUAAAACUGAAAUCACUAGAAUAUCAGAAGGGAAAUAUUGUAUUGGAGGAAAAAAUGUUUUUGUUCGUCUUUUAAAUGGUAAACACGUGAUGGUGCGUGUUGGCGGUGGUUGGGAUACUCUGGAGCAUUUCCUGUCCAGACAUGAACCUUGCCAAGUCAUUGUUGUUAACAGAAAGCCUUCACUGUCAGAUGAAUACAUCUCAUUGGCCUGCAAUGGCUCCCCUGAUUCUUUCCUUCACAUAAGAGCCAAAUACAAGAGUCCACUCUCAACACCAACUACGCCAGAAUUUAAAAACUAUUGAUCUCAACUAUCAGAAAACGUGAUUGUCUUUACUAGUGAAACCUCAUACAUGUUUAGAUUUAAAGCGACUAAAACAGUUUUUGCCAAAUGACUUUAAUUGUAGUUGUUCUUUAUUGUGAUUAGCAUUUAAUCUUUAAUACAUAGCCAAAUUAGUGUUAAAUAUUUAUAUAAAAGACGUUCAAUUUUCUUUCUAAAGUUUAAGGAUUAUUUUUUGUACUUGUACAAAACUGUUUCUAUAAAAAAAUUUUGUAACUAAAUAUAUUUUAAAUACAUUGAGGGUCAUUUAUAUUUUAAUUUAACUAUUAUUUUCUGUACUUAUCUGUUAAUAUUCUGAAGCAAUUGCUAUAAAUGAGGUUAGUAAGAUUUGACUGAUCAUUAUACUUUGUAUAAUUAUUUAUGAAGAUGUGAUUUAAUCACUUGUAAUAUAGAUUGAUGUCAUUUAACAAUAACAAUCAAGCAUGCUUUUUUUUUUUUUUUGAAAAAUAAGCUAAUUUUAUUUUUAGAGAAUGCAAAAUUACUAACUAAGGGUAAAAUAAUAGAUUCAAACACUGCCAUUCUUAAUAGGAAAAUAAAAGAAUAUAAAACCAUAAGAAAUCAAUGCAUGCUUGUCUUCCUUAUAAAUCAAUUGAUUCAAUAGUCAAUUAAUAAAAUAUUUUUAUCUAUAGAAAAAUUAUGUUAAAUUUAUAUUUUACUUUUAUUCAAAGAUUACCUUUUUGCCAUUAGGAAGAUUUAGUAAACGACAAUCACGUUUAUGAAAAUAAUGCCACAUUUGAUAACGAACAAAUUGUGAUCAGUGAUUAUUUUCCUUCAUUUUUUUUUAACAGUUAUGCUUUCAUAAUUGCUUGGUAGAAUAAGAUAUUUUCACAGAAGAUUCUUGUAGAUGAUACAUGAAAAAUAACAUUGUACAUAAAGAUGUCAAAGAUACUUUUCCUGUAUACGACUUUGCCAUACAUUGUAAAAAUUAACAUUCCUCCUUGAACACUUUAGUUUGUACAAACAUGGAUUAGUGUAUAAUUUGUGUCUGUUUGUGUACAUAUUCUGCUUAUGGAAAGUGAUAUUUUUUGCUCUGUUUAAUUGAUGUUAUAUAUGUUAUUUCACAUUUACUGCUUACUAUUUUAAUUAACAAUAACUAGUGACAUUUUAUAAUUUUCUUAUCUAAUAAUCAAGAAUUUUUUAUGGGUUAUAUUGCUUUUCUGAUGACAUUCUUAAUUUGUAUACUAGUUAACAUAUUAGAACUACACACUAAAAAAAAUAAUAAUAACUGUUUAUAAAAACUAUUAAAAAUUAAGUAUAGUACAGCUUUCAGGAGAACUUCUUUCAGACUUCAGCCUCGCGUCGUGGCGGGUACCAUGGUUAUGAGAAAAAAAAAAUCGAAUAGGGGUGUGGGGUGAAUAGUUUUGCCUUGAUCUUGGCAUAGGUCAGCGUGAGUAAACCAAUCAACACCUUCAUUCCUCCUUUGCACCCCUGUUAGAAAUGUGUUCUUGCUUGUUACCAUAGCAGCAGACAGUCCCAGACAUUUAGCCUGGAGUUCUCCUCAAAGCCGCACUAUAGUAGAUUUUAAAUUAAUCAAAAUACAGAGAUAAUAAUUUUCAAUCACAUGAAGGAACAUAAAGAUAUUUGCUGUUUCAACUAUUCAUAAAUAAAUAAAAGAUAUCAUCAACUUCUCGCUAAAAUGCAUGUUGUGCAUAGAUUUUUAAAACAAAACUGAAUGGAAUGUAGGGUUUCUAAGAGAAAAAAGUUUUAAUUUAAUUAGUUCACUCUCUCACAUAUAACAUGAUUGCAUUUUUAUUUUUAAAUAUUUUAAAUGCUAUCAAUGGAUUUAAUCUUACUUCAGUCCUGAAAUAAUACAUGUAGGAAACUUCCUAAUAAUAAUAAAUACAGCUAUCUGCAAUGUAUUUUUUAAGGUAAAUUAGAAACAUUUAAAUACAAUUCGAUUUCAAAAAUCAAUCUUUUCCUAUUUUGAAGUUUAAUGGAUGUUUGAACAUUUUCUUUCAAACUAAAAUUGUAAAGUUUUAGCUUUAGUAGGUUUUUAGGGUAAAUUUUCCCACGAUUUCUUCAACCCACUGGCGGUUUAGCAAAAGGGCAAGAUUGGGAGAAUGUUUCUCCCCGAUGCACUAUUUCCCUAUCGAAUAACAUAGAAAAACCGGUUUUGCUAUACAGUGAAGACUGCAGGUUAAAAUACGACUUUUUACGUGCAGUGGGUUAAACUAUCUACUAUGUAAAUUAUAUGUCUCAUUGGGAAUCUAUUUAAAAAUUUCAGUAGUAAAUGUAAGAAAAAUCCUUUAUUAGAAAGUCCUACACUAAAUUAAACAACAAAAAAAAACGUAAUUGAAAAUAGCAAAUUUGGUACAUUUCACUGAUCAUGUUUGCAAUUGCACAUCUCAUUAAAAUUAACACAUUAACUAUAGUAAUAUUUAUGGAAAGUUUAAAAUAUGCAUGCUUAAUAUGUAUUUACAUGAUGAAAGAUAAUAUUAAUAAAAUUUAUCACCAAGGCUCUUGGAAUAAAAUGUGUAGAUCUCAGUAUCAUAAUAAACUAUUCAUCACAUGUUCAUUAUAGCAUAUUGACAUUGAAUUUAAAAAAAUUCAUAAUAGGUUUAUAAGUAGUAAGUCUGAUACAUAUCAGUUCAAAAUUUCUUACAUGACUUUUUCUUUAUAUGUUAUUUUAAUCUUGUUUUCUGUAUUUGUCUUGUCCUCACAAAGAGCUUAGUACAAAAUUGUUUAGCUGAUAACUUUUCUUGUAAAAAGCAAAAAAGAAUUUUGUUUUCUUUAUUUUUGAAUUUCGUGGAAUAAAAUAAUUAUUGACA